AUGGAAAAUCAGACUAUUCAAGAAUAUCCUGAAAAUAACUCUGAAGAAGGUGCACCCAACGAUACAAGUUAUAAAACACCAUUGCAACACCGCGGUUCUCAGUCAUAUUCCCAUCAACAAUUACAUAAUGGUCAAAGAAAUUCUCUUACAUUUAUUAACCCAUGGGGUUCAAACUUGAAUGGUUCUUCUGAUUUAUUCAUGCAAUCAAAUCAAAGCUUACUGAGUACUUCAAGCGAAAACCAAAGACGCCCAUCCAUGGAUGAUUUCAAGAGAAGAAAAUCAAGUAUUGUUAUUCCACCCUCAAGAGCUCCCGGUAUUAAUCCAUAUUUUUAUAAUAUAGAUACAACUGCAACUUUUAAUGGGGAUGGAACCUCAGAUAAUUUCCAACAAAAUCAAAAUAUUGAUGCUAAUCAACAACAAAAAAAAAUCUUUGCCGAUGAAAAAGAUCUUUAUGUUCAAGCUUUAUUGGAUCCAUCUUCAGGAAUUUAUGAUCCAGAUGCCUUUUAUAGAAGAAGAAGUCUGGCUGCUCCUGCAUUCACUUCUUCAAUGGGCUCAUCAUCAAUGAAUACGGCCAAUAAUACAGCAACAACUAAUGCAUCUAGUUAUCAAUUGAAUGAGCCAAUUUCCCCAAGCAAUGUGAAUUUUUCUUUAAUGCCUCAUGGCUGUGGCAUCAAUAGUAGACAACCAAAUCGGACCGGAUCUUUUAGGAAAUUAAGCGCCUAUGGUGCUCCAGUGCAAUCUACUUUUAAAUCAACCUACAGAGAAGAGUAUAAUUUAUUACAACAACCGCCAUUGGAGAUACCUCAAAUGACCCCCUGUAAUUCUAAAUCUGAUUUACAACCAACUCUUAAUAAAUUACCAAAAUACAGACGUGCUUCGUUACAUUCAAGUACAAUUUCACCAUUGGUUGGCCUAACGAAGGGCUUAAUCACGACCUAUUCUCUAUGUUCUUCAGAUUUCCAAUAUAAAACCUCUAAAAAUCCAAGAAGGGUGUUAACAAAGCCAAAUGAAGGUGUUGCUAAUAAUGGAUAUGAUAAUGUAAACAGUGAUUAUAUUUUAUAUGUUAAUGAUGUUCUUGGUACAGAACAAAAUAGAAAAUACUUGGUAUUAGAUAUCUUGGGUCAAGGGACGUUUGGUCAAGUUGUUAAAUGCCAAAAUAUUUUAACGAAAGAAAUAAUCGCCGUUAAAGUUGUCAAAUCAAGAAUGGAAUAUUUGAACCAGAGUAUAUCAGAAGCUAAAAUUCUAGAACUAAUUAAUCAGAAAAUCGAUCCCUACGACAAGCAUCACUUCCUUAGAUUACACGAUACUUUUGUUCAUAAAAAUCAUUUAUGCUUAGUAUUCGAAUUAUUAAGCAGUAAUUUAUAUGAAAUAUUGAAACAAAAUAGAUUCCAUGGUUUAAACCUUUCUAUUAUUAAAGAAUUUAGUAAACAAUUAUUAGAAUCAUUAGCUGUAUUAAAAUGCUCUAAAAUUGUUCAUUGUGAUUUGAAACCAGAGAAUAUUUUAUUAUCUGCUCCUGAUAAACCAGAAAUAAAAGUGAUUGACUUUGGUUCUUCUUGUGAAGAAAGAAAAACAUUAUACACUUAUAUCCAAUCAAGAUUUUAUAGAUCGCCAGAAGUUAUUUUGGGUAUUCCAUAUUCUACAAGUAUUGAUAUGUGGUCGUUUGGUUGUAUUGUAGCUGAAUUAUUCCUAGGGAUUCCAAUAUUCCCAGGUGCAUCGGAAUUUAAUCAAAUUACAAGAAUUAUUAACUCUUUAGAUUAUCCACCUUCAUGGAUGAUUGAUAGAGGUAAGAAUUCUGCUAAAUACUUUUCCAUGAUUGAUGCAAACGAUAUGGUUGAUUCAGAUACAUCAGGCUUAAAAUAUAGAUUGAAGACAGUUGAUCAAUUUAAUAAACAAUUUAACGCUCAAGAAAAACCAAGUAAACAAUAUUUCAAGUGGGAUAAAUUGCACGAUAUUAUCAAAAAUUAUAGACUACCAAAACAUAUCCAAAACCAUCCCGAAUUGAUUGAAAAUGAAAUGAAAGAAAGAGAGUGUUUAAUCCAUUUCUUACAAGGUGUUUUAAAUAUUAAUCCAUUAGAGAGGUGGACACCACAGCAAGCUUCGAUGCACCCAUUCAUAACUGGCCAACCUUUUUCGAAAGACUGGUAUCCAUUAGGUUCUUUACCCUCCUCUUCUUCAAUUAAAGACCAAUCCCGUGAUUCAAACUAUAUCUUAGAAAGUGGUUCUUCCUCUGUUGUUAGUCAGAGAAGGUCUACAUUACAGGAAUCAGCAAAUAACUCUAAUAAUGUCAAUGCCAAAAGCUCUGAUCAUGCUCCAAAGGUCGGAAUGGAAUGGUAA